GGGUGGGUAUCCAACUCGCGAACCGUAGAGAAAGAGAAGAGAGGGAGAGAGGCAGAGAGUAGGCGGCAGCGGAGGCGAUGGCGACGGCGACGGCGACGGGAGGGAAGGGGCUGAACGCGACGGGCGAGUUUUUCCGGCGCCGUGACGGAUGGAGGAAGCACCCUAUGGUGGGGAACCAGCUGCGCCACGCCACUCCGGGGCUCGGCAUCGCCAUCGUCGCCUUUGGGAUCUACCUUGUCGGGGAGGCCGCCUACAACUGCGUCCACCGCCCCGCCGGCGACAACCACCACUAGAUCGGCCCCAGAGGCCAGAGGUAACCGCCCCGUGUGGUCUUCACUUUUUUUUUCCGAGUCAACCCAAAUGGGUGAAUUUGGGUUCAUUUCAAGCCUGUAGGGGUUGUUGGGAGCGUUUCGCCUAGAUCUGUCUAUUGGAGAUUGUGUAGCGCUGUCUUGUGUGGAACAGAUUAUGGAUUUACGCUUUGGAAAUAAACUGCGGCUCUGAUUCAACCAA